GGCAGACUGGCCGAGGACGGGGACAGAACGCCGGGGCCAUCGCCAGGUAACGUCCCCUGUGACCUCAUAGACGGGAUGCCACCAGCGGCCACGGCCCGAGGCCCCCCUCGGGCGACCGAAGGCAACAUGAGUCUCACCAUCACGCUGGCGGACGUGGCCUCCAGCGUAGCCAACGGCGGCAGCACCCAGGUCGGCAGGCUAUGUGUCCUCCUGCCCGGGCCCCCGGGGCACAUCCGGCUACAGGAGGGCGGGCAGGAGGAGGCGGGUCUCUCUCAGCCGCCGGUGGGCCGCCCUGGCGAGACCCUGGACACCGCAGGCACCGAGGAGCAGCAAAUGGCACAGCUGAACAGGAGAAUAGAAGUGGUUGAGGAGGGGAUGACGAAGGUAAUGGACAUGCUGCAAGAUGUGCUCACCUCCAUCUGCUCCCUGAAAACCACCUUCAAGGGCUUCGAGGAAGAGCUACAUCUCCUGAAGAACAAUUUCCACAAGGCUGGUCUGGAAGAGAUGCAAGAGGUGUCAGUGCAGCAGGAUGAGUACAGCCACAUCCUGCAGAGCAUCCUGGACCAACUGGUGGAGGUGCGUCAGGAGCUGUGCUGGAACUCUCUCCACAGAAUGCCCACUGGUGAGAAGCCCUCCAGCUGGGAGCUCAGUCCUGAAGCCUCACAGGAGCUGGGCCAAGAAGCCUCAUGCAGGCUCAGCUGGAUGCUGGAACAGCAUGAGACUGUGAAAACCCCUGGCCUGGAUUUUGGCAGGGAGAUGCUGGGCCAGGUGAGACAACUGCAGAAGCAAUGCACAAGGCUGCAGGAAGCUGCGGAGCAGCUGUGGGGUGACAACGAGGACACCCAGAAAGCAGAAAAGGCUGCACUGAAGACCAAAGCGAACCAGGAGGAGCUGCAACAUGCCAUGGUCCAGCUGAGUGAGAUGAUGCAGAACCUACUUCACAGGAUGUCCCAGAUGGACCAGGACACACAGAAUGCCCUAGAGAAGCUCCUUAAUGAGAUGGACUCCAAGCUGGACCAUGCGGCACUGGCUCCCCUGCAGGAACAGCUGGAGCAGGUGAGAGGGCUCAUCCAACAAUGCCUCUGCCAAGGACCCUGCAAUGCUGGCCGUGCUGCUGGCUUCAAGAGGCAGCUCUCUGGUCCAGCAAAGUGCAUCUCCUGCAACGGACUCCUGGCCAUGGCCCCAGCACCGCCCUUGGUGACCAUCCGAAAGACGAGCCAGUUCCUCCAGCCCCAGCCAGCCAGCACCUCCAACUGCCUGGUACAGCAGCUGCCGGAGAGGGCCAGCCAGGGCCCUGGAAGUUCUGCCAGGCUACUCUCCACCUCCACCUCCCUCAUCACCGUCUGUCCCUGCGGUCACCCAGCAGACUUCAUCUGCAAUAACAGAGAAGUGGAUAUUUUGGGCACCAAUGGGGUCAUCUACAAGGGCAGGCUGAACUCACUGGGUACCAACAGGACUGCCACCAUGGGCAAGGACUUCCCACGUAGGGGAUCAGCCCUGGGACAGCGCAUGAGCUCUGGCCAGGCUGUGCAGCCACAUGAAUGUCCCACUGUCAGCACCUGGGAUGGUGCUGUGCCGCUCUGUGGCAAAAGCAUCAGCAGCCACUCAUCUCCCUGUGCUAACAGUGCCUCUGCUUCUCACCUUGAAACAACAAAGAGCCCGCAAGCCCGCACCCGGCACACCACAGAGAAGACGGUCCACAUCCCCAAGUAUGGCAGCCACUAUGUGUCCCCAUACUCACGUGCCGCCAUGCAGAUGAAGACAAGCUCUCUGGGGGGCCGGCGGCAGACUGCCAUGGGCAGAGGCAGCACUUCUGGUAUCUGAGCUGGCCAGGGGCUGUGAAAUUGUAUGGGGAUCUGGGGAGUGGAUGGGCAACACCAGGGACUCGGGGAAUGGCUGGGGUGAGUGCCACACUGCCCUGGCAGCUGCUGUUUGGAUGGGGUAAUACUGCAGACCAUAAAGAUGCUGGCUCCUCCGUUGCCUCUCCUGUGCAGUUCCUAGGCUAGUGGGGGCACGAGACCUCCUUGGGCUCGGUGACCACAGCCAGAUGCUUUUGGGCUGUGCUAUAUGCCCAUGAGCUCUCUCUCAUCAGUCAGAUGUCCAAGUGCAUGGUCUGGGCCUGGGUUUUAGAGUCACAGAACGGUCUGAGUUGGAAGAGACCUUAAAGCUCAUCUAGUUCUGUUCU